UCAUAGGCGAAUGAACGGGUCAGUGGGAUUUUAUCGCAACUUUACAGAGUAUGAGAAUGGCUUUGGAAACGUUGAUGGAGAGUUGUGGCUAGGUUUAAAGUAUAUACAAGAACUAGCUGAACAAGGUUCUACAGAGAUUCGUCUUGACAUGACAAGAAAUGAUAGUACAACAGGUCAUGAAACUUGUCCAGACUUUAUGUUAACAGAAGGAACAAAUUAUACUCUAAAAAUUGGGUCGUGCAUAAAAAAUGGAUUCAAGGAUCCAUUCUUUGGCGGCUUUGAUGAUACUAAUCAAAUGCCAUUUACAACUUACGACCGUAAUCUUGACACAAUAGGUGGGAACUGCGCCGUGAGGGAACAUGGAGCCUGGUGGUAUGGUUAUGAAUGUACUUAUGUCAAUCUAAAUGGAUACUAUGCGACGCCAGGCACGGAAUGUGAAUUUCCCGGUGCCACCAGAG